GACCGAGAGCACUAUCCACUAUAAUAGAUCGGCGCAGGCACAGAUGUGCCAGGGCUUGUGCUAACGUCACAAAGAAAUGUUGCUGUAUCCUAAACCAUAUAGUUCCAUAUAAUAAAUAGACAUUCCUGCAUCUUGUGUUCUUAUUUUUGUCGUCAGAAUAAUUUUGUUAGGGAAUAUAACUGAUCUAGAUACCGUUAGCGUAUAUCUAUGGGCCAGCCAACGUUAAGCGCACACGCAGACGUUCCGCUAUACUCUGCUACAAUUUCCCCGAAGAUGGCGGCGAGCGGACGUGUUCACCUACUCUUACUGUUGAUGUCAGUGCCAUUCUGUCUGUGUACCGUUCAAGGAUUGAAAGCACCUAGCGGCAAUGGAAACGGACUCGGUAAUCCGCCACCAAACCCUCCGGUUCCCGUUAAUAUUGUUGGAGCGCCCGGUCCAGUCAAUAACGUCCCAGUUGCUCCUGCUGUUGCGGCCAUGACGCAGCCUCGGAGGGCUACCGGGUGGAAGCUGGCGGAAGAGCAGUCCUGCCGGGACGACUUGACCCGGCUUUGUCCCAAACACACAUGGAGCAACAAUUUAGCUGUCCUGGAGUGUUUACAGGACAGAAAGGAGGAAACCGAGAUUGCUGUCGACUGCAACCAUUUGCUAUGGAACUACAAGCUGAACCUGACAAUGGAUCCCAAGUUUGAGUCUGUGGCCAUGGAGAUCUGCAAGAGUACUAUCACUGAGAUUAAGGAGUGUUCGGAGGAGGAGCGUGGUAAGGGUUACCUGGUGUCCUGCCUGGUGGAUCACCGUGGUAACAUCACAGAGUACCAGUGUCACCAGUACAUCACCAAGAUGACCUCCAUCGUCUUCUCAGACUACAGACUCAUCUGUGGCUUCAUGGACAAGUGUAGAGAGGACAUCAACACGCUACGCUGUGGAAGCAUCAACGUUGGAGAGAAGGACAUCCAUUCACAGGGUGAGGUCAUAGCGUGUCUGGAGAAAGCCUUAGUCCGAGAGGCGGAGCAACAGGACCAGGCUCAUCCAAUCAGAGAGGAGUGUAAGAAGAGCAUCAUGCGCGUAGCGGAGCUGUCGUCAGACGACUUCCACCUGGACAGAUUCCUGUACUUCUCCUGCCGAGAGGACCGAGAACGCUUCUGUGAAAACACCCAAGCAGGAGAGGGCAAGGUCUACAAGUGUCUCUUCAGCCACAAGUUUGAGGAGGCCAUGUCUGAGAAGUGUCGAGAGGCCCUGACCACGCGUCAGAAGCUGAUAACCCAGGACUACAAGGUUAGCUACUCUCUGACCAAGGCCUGUAAGGCUGACCUCAGGAAGCACCGCUGUAACCUGGACACCAACAUGCCCCGCGCUAGAGAGGCACGACUAUCAUAUCUGCUACUAUGCCUGGAGUCUGCUGUACACAGGGGUCGUACAGUGUCUGAGGACUGCCAGGGGGAGAUGUUGGAGUACCGUAGGAUGCUGAUAGAGGAUUUCUCUCUGAGUCCAGAAAUAGUGCUCCACUGUAGAGGGGAGAUCGAGACCCACUGCUCCGGACUCCACAGGAAAGGACGUACCCUCCACUGUCUGAUGAGGGUGGGCCGGGGGGACAAGGGAAGCACAGUGGACGGACUCUGUCAGAGCGCGCUCCAGACCUUGAUCCAGUCAGCUGAUCCUGGAUCAGACUACAGGAUAGACCGGGCCCUGAACGAAGCCUGUGAGUCUGUUAUCCAGACGGCCUGCAAACACAUCCGCAGCGGGGACCCCAUGAUCCUGUCUUGCCUGAUGGAGCACCUGUAUACAGAGAAGAUGGUGGAGGACUGUGAACGCAGACUACUGGAGCUACAGUACUUCAUCUCUAGAGACUGGAAACUGGACCCCAUCCUGUAUAAGAAGUGCCAGGGUGACGCUGCCCGGCUGUGCCACACCCACGGCUGGAAUGAGACCAGCGAGCUGAUGCCACCUGGGGCCGUGUUCUCGUGUCUCUAUCGCCAUGCCUACCGCACCGAGGAGCAGGGACGACGGCUGUCUCGUGACUGUAAGGUAGAGGUACAGAGGAUCCUCCACCAGAGGGCGCUAGAUGUGAAACUAGACCCUGAUCUCCAGAAGCGCUGUUUGACUGACCUGGGGAAGUGGUGUAGUGACAAAACUGGCACGGGACAGGAGUUGGAGUGUCUGCAGGACCACCUGGAAGACCUGCUGUCAGGGUGUGGAGAGGUGGUGGGCAACCUGACAGAGCUGCAGUCUGAGGACAUUCAUAUUGAGGCUCUGCUGAUCCGGGCCUGUCAGCCUGUCAUCCAGUCUCACUGCCAUGAUGUAUCUGAUAACCAGGUGGAUACAGGGGAUGUGAUGGAGUGUCUGGUUCAGAACAAACACCAGAAGGAGAUGAACAGCAAGUGUACCGUGGGAGUGACACACUUCCAGCUGAUCCAGAUGAAGGACUUUCGUUUCUCCUACAAAUUCAAGAUGGCGUGUAAAGAGGACGUGCUCAAGCUCUGCCCAAACAUCAAGAAGAAGGUGGAUGUAGUGAUCUGUCUCAGUACUACAGUGAGGAAUGACACUCUGCAGGACGUCAAGGAGCAGCGUGUCUCUCUCAAGUGUCGGAAACAACUCCGAGUAGAGGAGCUGGAGAUGUCAGAGGAUAUUCGUCUGGAACCUGAGUUGUAUGACGUGUGUAAGACCGACAUCGGGCGGCUCUGCUCCAACGUGGUGUUCGGUAACGCUCAGAUGAUGGAGUGUUUAAAGGAGAGGAAGAAACAGCUGUCUCAGCAGUGUCACCAGAGGGUGUUUAAACUACAGGAGGGAGAGAUGCUGGAUCCAGAACUGGACUACCAGCUCAUGAGGGUCUGCAAGCAGAUGAUUAAGCGGUUCUGUACAGAUGUGGAUGCUAAGAACAUGCUGCAGUGUCUGAAACAGAACAAGAACUCUGAACUGAUGGAUCCCAAGUGUAAACAGAUGAUCACCAAGAGACAGAUCACACAGAACACAGACUACAGGUUAAACCCAAUAUUGAGAAAGGCCUGUAAGGCAGACAUCCCUAAAUUCUGUCAGCCAAUCCUGAACAAGGCCAGUGAUGACAGUGAACUGGAGGGCCAGGUGAUUGGUUGCCUGAAGCUGAAAUACGCCGACCAGCGUCUGUCUCCAGACUGUGAGGACCAGAUCAGAGUGAUUCUUCAGGAGUCGGCGCUGGACUACAGACUGGACCCCCAGCUACAGAUCCACUGUGCUGAGGAGAUCCCCGGUCUGUGUGCGGAGGAGGCAGUGGCCCAGGAGCAGACAGGUCAGGUGGAGGAGUGUCUGAAGGCCAACCUGUUGAAGAUCAAACAUGACUUGUGUAAGAAGGAGGUGCUGAACAUGUUGAAGGAGAGCAAGGCAGACGUCUUCGUUGAUCCUGUCCUCCACACGGCCUGUGCCCUUGACCUCAAACACCAGUGUGCUGCUGUCACGCCGGGCAGAGGACGACAGAUGUCAUGUCUACUGGAGUCGUUGCAGGAUAAGAGAGUCCGUCUGCAGCCAGAGUGUAAGAAGAGACUCCAGGACCGCAUGGACAUGUGGAGCUACGCUGCCAAGGUCGCUCCAGCAGAGGGUUUUUCAGACCUUGCCAUGCAGGUGAUGACCUCCCCCUCUAAGAAUUACAUCCUGUUUAUAAUCUCCCUGGGGGUGAUUGUCCUCUUCCUGGUCGGCCUGCUGUGUGGACGCAUCACCAAGAGAGUCACCAGGGAACUGAAGGACAGGUAGAGAGAGGGGGGAUGAACGGACCUCCCUGGGACGGACGGACCUCCCUGGGACAGACUGACUCCCAAAUGGUACUAUUGCCUAUAUAGUGCACUACUUGUGACCAGAGCCCUGUGGGGAUCCUUCAUACCUGGACCUGACAUCACAGAAAAAUAUCAAUGUUGUCAUCUCCUUGGUCCACUUCAUCAACUGGCUUUGUGUGAGAACUAACUCUAUGGGUCUCUGGUCAGAAGUACUGCACUAUGUAGGGAACAGGGUUCCACCUGGUAGGCAGAAACAGACUGUCUCUUCCAAAGGCCCAACUAAAAAAAAACAGCCCGGGCUUGCCCCAGCCACCUCCGCCCCUCUCCAGCCCCCCUAUCACCACCCAGAGCCCCAGUCUUGGGGUCCACCCGUAACCAGCCAAGCUCCACAGAGCCAGAGGAGGCAUGUUAAGACACCCCCCCACCAGAAACUGAUCCACUCCACUACUACUGAGAAGUUGCCCUGAAACACCUCCUGAAACAGGAUACUGUUGGUCCUACUGGUCCUAAAACUGGCCCUGAACCUCCUCCUGAAGCAGGAUACUGUUGGUCCUAAAACUGGCCCUGAACCACCUGCUGAAGCAGGAUACUGUUGGUCCUAAAACUGGCCCUGAACCUCCUCCUGAAGCAGGAUACUGUUGGUCCUAAAACUGGCCCUGAACCACCUGCUGAAGCAGGAUACUGUUGGUCCUAAAACUGGCCCUGAACCUCCUCCUGGAGCAGGAUAUUGUUGGUCCUAAAACUGGCCCUGAACCUCCUCCUGAAGCAGGAUACUGUUGGUCCUAAAACUGGCCCUGAACCUCCUGCUGAAGCAGGAUACUGUUGGUCCUAAAACUGGCCCUGAACCACCUCCUGAAGCAGGAUACUGUUGGUCCUAAAACUGGCCCUGAACAUCCUCCUGAAGCAGGAUACUGUUGGUCCUAAAACUGGCCCUGAACCUCCUCCUGGAGCAGGAUAUUGUUGGUCCUAAAACUGGCCCUGAACCUCCCCCUGAAGCAGAACACUGUUGGUCCUAAAACUGGCCCUGAACCUCCUCCUGAAGCAGGAUACUGUUGGCCCUACUGGUCCUAAAACUGGCCCUGAACCACCUCCCGAAGCAGGAUACUGUUG